AUGUCAGUCCACAACAUUAGCUCUCUGGCCGUAACGUCAGUGGACAACAUCUCAUGUUGUCUCCCAGGUGUCGUGGGAGGUCAGAGGUCAGGGUUAAUCAGUGACGCUGUGUCGGCCAUUGUCACGGAUCUCGUUCUCAGGGUGGUUGUUCAGUUCAUGCUAGGCGUCUUCUGCAUCGUCGCCAACAUCGUCAACAUGAUCGUCUUCAUCAAGAUCGGCUUGGAGGACGGUAUUACCGUUGCGUUUUUCGCCCUGGCCAUCUCCGAUUUGCUGUUUGUAGGGUUCUAUUUGAUGGUUAACGUCCUUGCCUUUUUACAUAAUGUGCUCAAGCUGCGGCAGUACUUACAUUUUGGUUCACUCGCAUUUCUGCUAGUCUGGUACAGUUACGCAUUCUUCGACGCCUCAAUGCUGAUCACUGUUUUCCUCGCAGUGCAGAAGUGCGCAUGCGUAGCUAUCCCCUUGUUGUUCAAAAAUGUCUUCACGAGAUCGAGAUGUGUCGUGGUGGUAGUGGUCAUUUACGUUGGCACCUUCGCUUGGUAUAUGCCUCUUCUCAGCCAGCAAGGAAUGUUGGAAAGGUUUGACUCGCGGACAAACACGACCACCUUAUUGUACAAAAAACCACCUCACGCUAUGUUCAUGUUGAAUUUGUUCAAAUCUGUUAGCCGCACCGUGUUACCUGGAAUUUGUCUUUCUCUCAUUAUCAUUUCCGUCAUCGUCCUCACCAUCAAACUCAAACAAGCCAGCAAGUUCCGACAGGCUUCAGCCUCCCAUGGCAACAAAGACAACAACAAAAACUCGGACUCAUCUUCCACGAAACAAAACCCCAGCUCUAGCAAAGAGCUUCGGGUCAUCAAGGCCGUGACCUUGGUUUCCACCAUCUUCGUCGUCUGCUAUAUUCCCGACAUCGUUGUGUCUUGUUGUCAGAUCUUUUUUCCAGAAUUCUCCGAUAGAGGACGAUACCGAAACAUGAGGAAGCUUGUGGAUGAAAUACACAGCGUCAUGACCACAGUCAACUCGUCCGUGAACAUCUUCGUGUAUUUCACUUUUAACACUCGCUAUAGGGAGAAGCUGGUCAGUUUGAGAGCCCUGUUCCGUAGAUCUAGGGUUGAACAGAAAAUUGAUGUAUAUAAUCAAGAAUAA